AGAAGACGAAGGCGGGAGCUCGAGACCGCAAAGGCCAAGCUGAAGAAGCGUCAGAAGAUGAAAACGCUGAGCACCGCCACAAGAACGGCAACGUCGCUGUGAAUCGCGCGUGGCAUGACCGCUGUGAAAAGACCCACGUGGAAGAUAGCUCCCGGUUCGCAUUUCCCUAAUACCGCAUCCAGAUCGGACGAAGAUGGUACCUUCUGCGUUGCAAUUCGAGCAGACGGAUUCCGCGAAAUCGGCGUCUCACAGCGACGACGAAGGCAGCAGGACAGAGGACAAAGCAGCGCCCAACGAUGAGCUUGCACUCAGUAACGCGCUCGACGACGAGCUCGCCGACCAAGUCGUCUACCUGGAGGACUUUCAUGGCGUUUCGGAUUAUCCAUUAGAGCUACCAGUGCCUCAAGUCGAAGAGAAGACCGAGGAAGUGUUGUCCUUAACGCAGGCCUACGAGGACGCCUGUUUCAAGGUGGCUGGUAUGGAGCACGAUGGUGAGGGUGUUCCGAGGUCGAAUGAUCCUGAGGAUGGUGUCGCGGUAGCCGAAGAGCCCGGAGGAUCUUGCCUGCCGACAUCGUGGAUAACGAUAGGUCGUGGCGCACCCACGGCCGAUCGAAUGACGGACGAAUUGCACAACUUUGGCGAACCGCUCUUCCACCUGGGCCCGGAGAUCGACUUGGGCGACGGGCUGUGGCCCACGGUACUAAACUACAGCCCUCCGCAGGUCGACGGCGGAUUCCGCCCGAGAAGGAAGCGCAGACUCAGCAGAAUCGUGCGUGACGUCAAGCGCAAACGCAUAAAACGCCGAGCCUCCGGGAUCGACGAAGAAGCGGACUCGGGCUGCGAGGCUGACACCGAGUCCUCAACGGAGGGCGAGGAGGAGGACAAUGACGGCGAGCACCUCAACGAGGAAGAAAUGGCGUCGCUUGGCUUGUGGUGUCUGGCGCUGGUGAGCACGCGCUGACGUGCUCCGCGUAAGAUUAACUGAUUAGCGACAACCUGGUGUCUUUUUCUCGACUCGGAAACAGUGUAUUCUCAAUUUUCGUAGAAUAUAGGUUCAAAGCAAGA